AUGGAGACCCCCAAAGUACCAUAUCGUGACCAAAAUCCCCAGGAGGUAUCAACUCUAAUUCGCGGUCUAAGCAACAAGACCAAUGCUGGUAUCAAGGCAAAAAAGACUACGUACGAAGUUAAGGGUUCUCGUGAUGGCAUCACCGUCGACUCUUGGCGCAUGCACGACUGGGACUACAAGAAACGAAAUCUGCCUACUUAUGCCAGGGGUCUCUUCACAACGAAGAACCGCCGAGGAGAUUAUGAGAUUGCAGUCAGAGGUUAUGACAAGUUCUUCAACGUCGGCGAGGUCUGGGAAACGAAGUGGGAAAAUAUCCUAACGAAAACCCAAGGCCCAUACGAGUUAACCCUAAAGGAAAACGGCUGCAUUAUUUUCAUCAGCGGUCUCGAAGACGGGACCCUUCUGAUCUGCAGCAAACAUUCUACCGGGGAUCGCAGCGACGUCGAAGUAAGCCAUUCCAGCGCUGGAGAGCGAUGGGUGGACAAGCAGCUCGCCACCAUCGGCAAGACUAGAGAAGAAUUCGCCCAAGAACUGAGGCGAAGAAACGUGACCGCCGUGGCUGAGCUUUGCGACGACGAGUUUGAAGAGCACAUUCUCGCCUACGGCCCCGAAAAGGCCGGCCUCUACCUUCACGGAAUCAACGUCAAUGUUCCCGACUUCGCGACAUAUUCUGGCGCUCUAGUCCAGCAGUUCGCCGACGAAUGGGGAUUUCGCAAAGUUAGCCUCGAGACUUUCGACGAUGUCAACUCUGUCAAAUCAUUUUUAGAAGGAGUUGCCAAGUCGGGAGCGCAUGAAGGCCGGGACGUCGAGGGGUUUGUCAUUCGUUGCAAAAUGUCCCCCAAGCCCGACGAGGUUCCAUACUCGGACUGGUUUUUCAAAUACAAGUUUGAGGAGCCAUAUCUGUUAUACAGGCAGUGGCGAGAAUGCACAAAGGCCCUAAUCGCCGGCAAGCCUCCGAAGUUCAAGAAGCACGUCAAGAUUACCGAAGAAUACCUCUUAUACGCGCGCAAGAGACUUGCUUCGGACCCUAAGCUGGCCAAGGCCUACAAUCAGAACCACGGGAUCAUUGCCCUUCGCGACGAUUUCUUGGCGUACAAGCAUAUGAAGGGCUCGGAAGCUGCUAAUAUCGAAAACGAAUUCGGAAACGACGAGUCGGGAUCCGUCUCCCGCGAUGUCGUCCUAGUCCCCAUCGCCACUAUCGGCUGCGGCAAGACUACUGUUGGUAUUGCCCUAACGCACCUGUUUGGCUGGGGUAUCAUACAAAACGACAACAUACAAGGCAAGCAGAGACCUGUACAGAUGGUAAAAUCCGUCUUGUCGCUUCUCACCCAGCACCCCGUCGUCGUGGCAGAUCGGAACAACUCGGAACGCCGGGAGCGAGAACAGAUUAUCAAGGACAUCAAACUGCAACACAGAGAAGCGAGGCUCGUUGCUCUGAAUUUUACCCACGGAGACAUCGACGAGACCCGAAGAGUAACCAGGGAGCGAGUGCUGAAGCGAGGAGACAACCACCAGACCAUCCGGGCCGCUUCGGACGAAGCUAAGGUUAUCGGGAUCAUGGAUAAUUUUAUACAAAGAUUUCAGCCUUGCGAUCCCGAUCGUAGUCCCGACGACGGAUUCGAUUUCAUCAUCGAUCUAGACCCUACCCAGGACAGCCGUGCUAACGUAGAGACGGUCGUCAGGGAGCUUCAUCGGAAAUUUCCGUCGUUGGUUACUAAAGUGCCCACCGACGAAGAAAUAGACGAAGCCGUCAAGGCUGCUAUCGAGAACUAUAAGCCCGAUCUGAGGCAUGUCAUCCCGGACCGAAGUAAAAAGCAAGAUAAGAAGCAGCUUCAGCAGCCGCAACCUCGGAAGGAGAAACCGCUAGAGUAUAUGUCUAUCUCUGUGCCCGCUCGAGAUAUCAAUGUGGCUCUCGAGUCUGCCUUUAAGGGCGCAGAUGCGCAGACGCAACGAUUCUACAGACAAUUACAGCAGACCCGCCGCGUCCAGGCGCUCUUCCACGUAACGCUGAUGCACCGCGUAGCAGCUAAGGAGCACCCAGAAUUAUGGAAGAGGUAUACAACGCUGCAUGCGAGAAGCCAGAGCCAGGACGGGAAACUAGGGGAGUGCAAUAUCCAGCUGGAGCGCGUCGUAUACGACGACCGUAUCAUGGCUAUAGUUGUGCGCAUUAUCGACGAAGAGGAGAAGUGGACUUGCGUCAAUAAGAUACCGCACAUAACGAUCGGCACACGCGACGAUAGCGUCAAACCCAAGGAGAGCAACGACCUACUCAAACGGUGGCUCGAGGUUGGCAGCGGAGCCGACACGGGCAUCGGCGAGAGGAUUAUCGAGGGUAAUACCACGGUCAAGGGAAGCGUCCGCGGCGUGCUGUCGAGGUAG